ACCAAGUUGCUGAGUACUCUGCUGCAAAAUUUCCUUCUUCCAACUCCCGGUAGUCGUAGUACCACAACCAACCUUAAGCCCCAACUCCACUUUCACCAACUCGAGAAACCUCGAAAAGCAAGCGACGAAGGCAAGAUACGCCGCCCCCACCCACCGGCUCCGGCAGAGCCCACGGCGAUGCAGCAGCAGAUGCCCAUGCAGGCGCCCGCCGCUGCGGCGGCGGCGCCACCGUCGGCCGGCAUCACCACCGAGCAGAUCCAGAAGUAUUUGGAUGAAAAUAAGCAGCUUAUUUUGGCCAUCCUGGAAAAUCAGAACUUAGGAAAGUUGGCUGAAUGUGCUCAGUAUCAAGCUCAGCUUCAGAAGAAUCUCUUGUACCUGGCUGCGAUUGCAGAUGCCCAACCCCAACCACCACAGAACCCUGCAAGUCGCCCACAGAUGAUGCAACCUGGUAUGGUGCCAGGUGCAGGGCAUUACAUGUCCCAAGUACCAAUGUUUCCUCCAAGAACACCAUUAACCCCGCAACAGAUGCAAGAGCAGCAGCAGCAGCAGCUGCAACAGCAGCAAGCACAGGCUCUUGCUUUCCCCGGACAGAUGGUCAUGAGACCGGCUACCGUCAAUGGCAUGCAGCCUAUGCAAACCGACCCUGCUGCCACUGCUGCCAGCCUACAGCAGUCAGCGCCUGUCCCUGCUGAUGGGCGAGGAGGCAAGCAGGACACAACUGCUGGGGUGAGCACGGAGCCUUCUGGCACCGAGAGCCACAAGAGCACAACUGGAGCAGAUCACGAGGCUGGUGGCGAUGUGGCGGAGAAAUCCUAAGUCGAGCAGCCUGGUAGGUGAAUAAUGCCUUGUAUACUAGCAACGAAACGAAAGGACUCUUGAAUGACAACUACUAGUCCUUACUGUGUGGUUUAGACAUGUCAUAUCGAUCCAUGUAUAACAAAGUUUAGAUUGGUGAUGAUGAUGUAAUCUGUCCAAGAUUGUUACUGCGUUCUUACAUUGCUGUAGCCAUCAUUGAAUAAUUUUCACCAGCCUGUUGUCCUAGCGUAUUUUAUUAUGUUUACCAGCUAAUUUGGUGGUUUAGUUAAAGUGGCUUCAACAUGUCUUUUUA